AUGGACCAAAGUUCAAGAACUUUCUUUCCUUAUAUUCCAAACGAGGUCAAGCAUAGAAAGCGUACAUCUCGUAUACAGCUCAAGGUCCUGGAAGACAUAUUUCGUAAAGAUAAAAAACCAAAUGCUGCCCUGCGUAACCAGUUAGCAGCAGAACUUGAUAUGCUUCCACGUGCGGUCCAGGACAAAGCUCUUCGUAAAAGAGUUCAGGACUCGACUCAGCAGGAUUCUCCUUCGGCUCACUCUCCUCAAAAGUCUCAGUCUUCCAGGGACACCUCCCCCAAUGACUCUUCCAAUUCUUCCACCCCCACGGAAAAAUACACGCCCCUGCAGAAGACGAUCAACCACCCUCACCAGAGCCACACCCAUCAUCUUACAAAGUUUUCCUUUUCUCUUCCUGCGCCCCCUACAGAAGCUUGGCACAGUAACCCAGCCACUCCUGCCGAAAUUCCCCCAUAUGUUCGCCAUUUGCCAGUGGACUUGACUUGGCAGGACAAUAAUGACCUUCUGAACACACGUAGAGGGUCGCUGCCAAUAACCGCGUCCACGCCAAAUAGACGCAAGUCUAUGGACAUCAGUCUCCUUAGGCUCAUGCAUCAUCCGUUCGCACGCGUUGCAAAGGAGAAGAAUGACGCGAUCUUUCUCAGGCCGCCCAUAUCUCCUGCAGGGUGUCAGUCCAUGGCCCGUCCACCGUCCGGCCUCGGUGCGCCAAGCAUACGUGUAACAAGUUACAGCUCUUCUACUUCCUACAGCCCUUACACCCGCCCUUCUUCGGCUCAUAGAGCGUCAGAGCCCCAUGUCUUCUCGCCUACUCGCUCCUCCCUUGUACCGGAGAUUCGUCCACCGUUUCCGUCCCCGCACGUGCCGCGCCGGCUCUCGGACAACCGCUUUACAAUGAGCUCCAGAGCGCUCCCGUCGCCUAUUCCUGGCCCCCUGCCAAAGCCUGAUUUUCAGUUUGGCGCUCCAACUUCUGGGUCCCCUCCACAUGUCUCACCGGAUGCAGAAUCUCUCGGGAACCUGCACGCAUGGGCUUUUCCUCGCAACGAGGCAGAUCAGGACGCGGAGGAUUCGUACAGUUCUACUGGAUUAUCUAGAUCCAGCUCGAUUGCUAGCAUCUGUGGGAGCGACACCAGCGCGACCAGUGCAAUUUAUUCGGACGUCAGCAGUUGUGUUGCCGUCGAUCAUUUCGAUUCUAAUGGCACGAGAGGGUCUUGUGCAUCCAACCUCGAAACGCGUAUGUCCGGUUUGAACAUGCGGUCCAGCCAGGGAUCGCUCAAUGAGGCUCACUUAAACGCCGCGUCUUCAUUUUCCUACCAACACAGGGAACACCUGUUAUCACAGGAACCAGGGCACUCUUCCCCUACUUCCACUGUUUCACCCGGCGGAAGUCCACACUCUGGAUACAGCCAGGACCCUGGCCCUUCGGGUCUGCGAACGAGCGAGGUUUUGUUUUGUUACAAUCCUCUCCCACCUGAAACUACCGCCAACGCCUAUCUAGGUCCCAUGGAGCCCACCACAGCAAGCCACAGGCUCAGUAUACCCACCAUCCAAGAAGGAGUGCCGCACAAUCAUAUUCAGAACAACAUCGAACACAACUCCUCAUAUCCCACGCCCGUAGACACGACGGCCCCGUCCAACGUAUAUCAUUUCGCCCCAGAAUCCAACCAAUACUCCCACACAGGAAACUAUCCACCAUUUCCGCGGGAUGGCACGUUUCCUCCCACGGAGACCUCAUACGCCCAACCUGGAUUGCAGCACCCAGCAGAGAGCAGUUUUGCGUUGAGCUCUGCUCCGUCUGCUAAUAUUGGAAUCGGUGGCGGUAUGAACUCGUAUAUGUUGCCUCCGGCUGAAUACACAUUUGCUGUACCUCCUUCGAAUAGCGUGGGGCAUGGUGGGGAGCGGUUUAGUGCAUAUAGCUGAGGCGGCCGUCGACUUUCCUGGACCGCUGUCUAUAUCUUCCAUUCUCAUUGUCCAUCCGUCUGGAAUUCGCAUGUACCAUAAUUUACUACUGCCUUUGCUCGCUGCUAUUAUUCCGUGGUCGCUGCAAAUUAAUUUGGUCGUGGUCUCAUGGUUUUUUUUCGAACCUGCCGUUUCGUUGUGCUUUACGUCCAUUACUUUAUUCACUUUUACUUUUUCUCAAUACUCAUACUGAUACACUCAGCUUGCACUGCCAGCAUGUCUCUUUUGUCCCGUUGUCCAUCACCCUGUCACUCGUUCGUUCGCUACUCUCCUCUGCUCGUCGUUAUCUGGUCAUGCUUG